CGUCACGGAAGUCGAGCACUCAACGUCGAGGAGCGCCGAAAAGGAAGCUCACGCGCACCUGAAAAGGGGCUUGGAAAACUGUAGGCGGACACCAGUCUCUCCAUCUCCGGUCGGUUUCGCGUCAAUCGAGUCGCACGUCGCCACCCAUAGCUUACACAGGUCAUGGACGGCGAAUCAACAUUUGUGCUCCCGCGCUACAUCAUCGAGAUGGAGUCUACUGCCACGUUCCAGCUACUUAGUACCCUCGUUAGAGAGCCCACAGCAUCCGUCACCGACGUGCUUGAGCAGUUUUCCCAUCUCACGUCGGCCGCAAGAAGCCCCUCCAACGAAGAGACCCCGUUCGGUGCUCUCCCUUACAACACGUGCUGCGCUCUACUUGAGAUUGCGAAGCGCACGGCGCCUCAGGCACAGCACAAGCUCGUCAGCUUUGUUACUGAACUGCAGAAAGUAAAGCUUUAUGACCAAAGAGACGGCGGACAGAUGAGCAGUGAGGGGUAUCUCCUCUGGACAGAGCUGCCUGCGCUGGGAUAUACCGCCGCGGACGAAUGGAACGCCUUUGAUGUUACGACGGCGAGCACACCCUCCGAGGAGACACGUCGUUACGAAAACAUGAUAGCACUCUUGGCACAACUCAGCACUGCUGCCGACGUGGACUACGCGGAAACAACGGUGCCCGAGCUGGACUUUACAUUUUGGUCGCUGCGUGCGUUCAAGGAGGCGUUCGAUCAACAGGAUUCUACGGACGCGGCAGUGCGGACGGCGUGUAUGUGGCUCAUUUACGGGUCGAAGAGGCUGUGGGCCAAUAUCCAGUAUGGGCGUGUCUUUGGGAGGCGGGACGGCGAACCGGGCGUGGUGCUGACCAAGGAGAUGUGGGACUCGUGGGUGGAAGGUCUUCGUCGUGUGAAGGAGCAUUGCCAACGCCCAGAGACUCACGACAUCGUGGAUGAAGCACUGGCAAGCAUGGGCCGUCUGAGCGCUCAGCCUUUCACGAACGGGUCGAGCAAUUGA